CGCAUUUGUUUCCUCACCACUCAGCAAAUUUUCCGUUCUGGAGCACAGCACGGAGAGGAAAGAUUUUGAGCUGGUGCAUUGAACGUGGACGGCUGCAUCCGCUGUCGCAUUUUUGUCGCGCAAAGGAGAGAGACACCAGCCAUUGGGUGGGGGAAAGGCGCGCCGGUUUUGGCGGGAAAACUGUGACAGGAACGGCUAAAUUCAAUAUGAUGACGUGGCAUCAUCUGGAGCGUCGCUGGAAAUCGCCUCGAUUGAUUGUGGAUUGAUUGGAACGAGUGGGCCGUUGGCUCACACUGCUGCUGAUUGUCCACAUUGACAGACAGAGACACACACACAGAGAGAGAGAGAGAGAGAGAGAGAGAGAGAGAGAGAGAGAGAGAGAGAGAGAGAGAAUCGCGGUGCUGCGGAACAGAGGGGGACGGGAGCGGAACAGGGGAGGGAACGCAGCGUUUGGAAGAGAAGGGAGGGAGACCUAGUCUUUCUCCCUCUCUCUCCUGUUUUCUCUCUCCUGUUUUCUCUCUUCUCUCUCUCUCUCCUCUUUCUCUCUCCUCUCUCUCUCCUCUUAUUCUCCCGUCUCUCUCCUCACUCUCCUCUCUCUCCUCUCUCUCUCUCCUCUCUCUCACUUGCUGUCCUUCUGUUCCUCUCCCACCAACAUACGAGCGCUGACACAGUAAACAUCGUCAUGGCGAAGUUCCGGGUGGGCCCCCAGGGGUUGCAGCGUGCGCUUGAUCAAGGGCUCAGGUGGCGUCUUUUUAAUGCCAAGGAUCAGGUGUUGGGUCGUAUAGCAACCCAGAUUGCAGUUGUGUUGAUGGGCAAGGAUAAGCCUACCUACACACCCAACAAAGAUGACGGAGAUGUGUGCGUCGUUGUGAAUGCACAACACGUGGCGCUGACAGGAAGGAAGAUGACAGACAAAGUGUACAAGUGGCACACAGGGUAUCCAGGGGGCCUGAAGGAGAGGACUGUGGCUGAACAGAUGAUGAAAGAUCCGACGGAGGUGAUCAGAAAAGCGGUAUUGCGGAUGCUGCCGCGGAAUAAGUUACGCGAUGAUCGUUCAUUAAAGCUGCGUAUCUUUAACGACGACGAGCACCCGUUUACGAGCCAGCAGUUGACGGAAUUCCAUAUGCCAGAAAGAACAGUGAGGGAGAUGCGUCCUCGAGAGAAACGAGCGCUGAAGAAGCAGAUGGAGAAGGCUGCAGCCGGACCAAAUGCAGGCAGACGAAGGGGGGGUGGUCAAAGCCCUGUGAAGACCCCUUCACAACCCCAAUAGCAGCCUCACCGUCGCGACCCCACCCUCCCUAACUCCACCUUUCCCCCCUGCAAAAACAAAAAAAAAGAAGAAAACUGUUCAAAAACAACGAAAACUACCCAACGAGACGUGUCAGGAAAUGGCUAAGUAAAAUACUAUUUCCCCUCCCUCAGACCGAUUUGCAAAUUGCUACCUCAUCGUAAACCACGACUCUUGCCGAUGCAUCCUCGCGCUAUCCCUACGUCAUCAUCGUGAACCACGAUGACUCUUCCCGAUGCAUAAUCGAGGAAGAAGACCCUGCUUGCUACACAAGAGGGGGUGCAAUGGGUGGGGUCAGUGUGGUUGUGUCCCAGAGGAGGCCUGCCGCGCUCGCAAAGUGAAAACGAUGGUUGUCGUCGCCCACUGGUGGAUCGCAAUGGCAGUGGGAAGAUGUAGCCUGGUGCUGAACAGUGCGUGAGUGGACCACCUGUGGCUGCCAAGGGGGCCUGACCUUUCAGGGCCUUCAUGUGUUCAGGAUGCAAUGGGGAGUGCACAACAGGUUUGGAUAGUGUCUUUGGGAAGAUUGAGGAUAUCGGAAAAAUUUUAUACCCAAUGACCUCUCUCUCUCUCUCUCUCUCUCUCUCUCUCUCUCUCUCUCUCUCUCUCUCUGUGUGUGUGUGUGUGUGUGUUUGUGUGUGUGUGUGUUUCCAUGUGUAAACUGUUGUAGGCUUUGUCU